AUGCAACCUAUCUUCAAUAAAAUACCCCCUGAAGUCAAUAUUCUUUUAUACGCCGACGAUGUGAUCCUUAUAGUCAAAGACAAAAAUCACAGUGCAAUACGGAAGCAUCUAAGGAAGGGUGUUAAAGCCGCCACCGAUUGGGCAUUGAGCGUCGGUUUUGCCAUCGCUCCAACCAAAUCCAAGCUGUUACAUGCCUGUUUCCAACAGCACCGAAAACGAGGACGAGCCAUUAAAAUAAACGACGCGCCAAUACCACGAGUGAGAAAAAUAAAAAUUCUCGGAAUCCUUGUCGACGCAAAGCUCAACUUCAAACAACACCUAAACUCUAUCAAAAAUAGUUGCAGUAGAAGAAUACAAAUCCUGCGAAUCCUAGGUCGCCGAUUGAAAAGAAGUAGUCGAUCUACUCUGUUAAAAGUGGGCUCAGCGUUGAUCAUCUCCAAGCUGUUUUUCGGAUUAGGACUCACUAGUCUUAACGUAGAUGAUAUUGAACGAAUUCUUGGACCAACAUACAACGAGGUAGUGCGCCAAUCCUCUGGUGUAUUUAUAACCAGCCCAAUCAGCUCUAUCAUGGCUGAGGCGGGAUGCCUUCCGUUUCGACUAGCACUAACUCAACGCCUGUCGAAACUGGCAGUGCGCCUCCUAGAAAACAAUCCGGAAGCAAUCGACUAUCCGGUGGUUGAACGAUCAGUAGAACUACUUCAACAAUCUACAGGAUUUAUAUUUCCGAAGGUAAGCUGCAUCCAACGAGCUAGUGAUAGACCAUGGCAUGCUCAACCACCGAAAAUCGAUAACCAACUAAGAAACGCAAUCAAAGCUGGCACAAUAAAAAACAUCGUUCUGCCACAGUUUCAAGAGUUUAUCGCGAAUCGUUAUAACUCUUUCACUCACGUUUUCACUGACGGCUCUAAAGACGGAAACUCCACUGGUGCUGGAGUGGCUAUAGGUAGGGAAAAUUAUAGCUACUGUUUACCAAGUAUCUGCAGCGUUUUCUCCGCGGAAGCAUUCGCCUUGAACGUUGGUUUGUCAAAAACGGGUGAGGAACUAAACACACUGGUACUGACAGAUUCUGCUAGUUGCCUCGAUGCUUUACAUGGUGGGCGAUCGAAACACCCAUGGAUCCAAUCUGUUGAAAAACUGAUCGGAAACCGAAAUGUCCAAUUCAGCUGGAUUCCAGGGCAUUCUGGUAUUCCGGGAAACGAACAAGCAGAUCACUUAGCCAAACAAGGAUUAACAGAAACUCAACUUGACAUCCCAAUACCAGCCCAAGAUGUCACACAUGCUAUCAAAAGUAACAUCUGGCAGGCGUGGGAACUGGAAUGGAACCGAAGCCGAGUACAACUCAGGCAAAUCAAAAACACACCUGGAAAAUACCCGGAUCGCACGUGCGCUUCCGAUCAGCGUAUCUUAUCACGAAUACGAAUAGGGCAUACUCGUCUCACUCACUCCCAUCUGCUAAAACACAACCCUCCACCGAUUUGUACAUGUUGUGGAAUACGACUAACAGUGCAACACAUUCUAAUUGAUUGCAGAGCAUUCGCCCAAACACGCAGUGCUUGCGGGAUCAACGGAACUUUAGCUGAUAUCCUAGCGUACAAUCCACAGAAAGAAGAAUUAGUUAUUAAAUUCCUCAAAGACAGCAACUUGUAUAACGAAAUUUAA